GGUUUGCUCACCGAACUGACCCGUUCAAGAAGCAGAUUAAUCCGCUGAAAUCGAGAGGGUGGAAGCAACCAUCCAUGGCGGCGUCAAUGGCGAGAUCCGGCCUUCGAUCGGCGUCGCUUCUUCUUCGCGGGGGAGCGAAGGGACGCGCUGGCGCCCCAACCAAGAGGAGCUUCUCCGCCUCUGCUCACGAUGACGCGUACGAGACCGCCAAAUGGGAGAAGAUAACGUAUGCCGGGAUCGUGACUUGCACGACCCUCGCGAUCUAUAACCUCUCCAAGGGUCACCACCACGGCGAAGAACCACCGGCUUACCCUUAUUUGCACAUUCGCAACAAGGAAUUCCCUUGGGGUCCCAAUAGUCUUUUUGAGAAGAAGCAUCAUGCUGAUCACUAGACAACCACUUCAGUGUUAAUGUUCUUGUUUAUUGUGUUUCAUUGUUGAGAAUGUCAGAUCCUGGAUCUACUUUGUGAAGCUGCUCUGCUUUAAUAUUGUGUUUCAAUAAAGUUGUGGAAUCUUAUGAUCUGAAUGACAUUCCAGCGACCCUGUUUUUAAUCGUCAUACUCAUUCAUUCUGCGAGUGUCAGUAUAUUUUCAAUUGUUCUUGGAAAAUUUUAUCUAUAGAUGUAUGUGGUGGUGUAUUUAGCUUGGAACACAUCCAUGCUACACUUAUAAUGAAAUCGUAUUAAUAAAUAGUUGGUCUUAUCAUA